CUGCACCACCCAGGCGCCCCGAUAAUGAAAAUGUUUUAAAUAUUGUGAGAAUUCCCAAAAUGUGACACAGAGAUAAUGUGAGCAAUUGCCCUUGGAAAAAUGGCACCAAUCAACAUGGCGUUGUCACACACCUUUGUAAAAAGCUGUAUCUGUAAAGCACAAUACAACAAAGUGUGCCUGCCUGUAGUUAAGACGUGGAGGAGAAGAGGUUCUAUAUUCUUCUGGGCCCAGGCCACCACCUUCAGCAGCCCCCUCCUCUUCAUCUCCAGGCAAGUAAAUGAAAUCCUAGAGCAGACCCUUCCUCUUCUCCAAGUCAGAUUUAGUUGACAUCCUACUGACUGCCAUGCUCUACAAGCACAAAAUAAGAUAGGUUCCAUGAAUAAAUUAUACCUUCAAUGUUCAUUUUCCCAUACAUAGGAUGUGUUUCAACUAUUUUUGAAUAAUACGAAAAAGUAUAUACGUCUUAGGAUCUGUCUUCAUAUAUAAAAGAAUAAAUUACUUGUGAAGAACAAUCAGGCAAUGUAUUUUCAUUUCAGGCACAGGCAUUUGGUUCCCAAAAGAACAGUUUGUCCCUUUUUUCUUCUUAAUGUGUUUGUAUCAAAUAUAAAAGUGAACCUAUAGUAACUCUCAAAAGGGAGCAUAAUUUUUACAGCGGGAAUUUAAGGUAAUCAGGUUCUCGUUUCCCUGGUUCUCUGACACGUUCCUGUCUUGCCAGCCUUGUCACACUGCACCAUCCUUGAGGCAGUGAGGGCUUCUGCUCAUCAGAAAGGAGUGUCUGUGGUAGGAGACUGUGGACCAGGCUUGUGCCACACAGAGAGUGGAGCUCUAUUAGAGAGUAAAAAGGAUACAUGGUCAGAUCCUGCGUUGUUUAAAGGCUACUUUAGAAGAGAUCAUUUAAAGAAAUUUUUAAAAAACAAGAAAACUUUGUGUACAGAAUCCCAAAGGAUAUCAUAUCUUUUAGGAAAACUUGUAGUAGAAAAUACAGAUGUUUUAGUCAGUUUCCUAAAAACUUAUUUGAGCAAAGCCUUAGGACUCCCCAUGGAGGUAGGCAGGAGCACUAUUAGAGACUUUUCCCCCUCCCCUGGUAACAGAACUUGUGUAAAAUUGCUGAGAGAAGCCAAACCAUUUGUGUCCCAGGGGCUGAGAGCAAACUACAGUCAGGUGAGUUGGGUGGACUGGACGGGGAGGCAGGCUAGUGGAUUUCUGAAGACGAUGGCAGGUCUAAAGGUCCUACUUGCAAGGCCAGUGAGAAAGCAGGGAAGAAGUUAAAGCUGGAGAGUGUUAGGAAUGAAAUUUGUGCUUGUAAGUGAUACUAGCCCCACCCAGCAGCCUCUGGAGAGGGGAGUGGUUGCUGGAGGUUGAGCUCUAGAAUCACUCUUGAACACUGGAGACCAACCUCCAGGCUGGUGAGAGCUUCCAUCUGCUGGAGGGUACUCCUGCCCACCUCCAUGGGGACUGAUGGAUCCUGCCCUGGGGACCCUUCUGGACCUCACCCCGUGUACCUCUUCAUCUGACUGUUCAUCCUUGUAAUAAACCAGUAAAACUGAGUAAAGUGUUUUCCUAAAUUCUAGGAGUCAUUCUAGAAAAUUGCCAAGCCUAAUUUGAGGGAUUGUGGGACCCCUUGAAUCUACAGUGCUCUCGGCAGAAAAUGUGGGCAGCCUGGGCACUACAUUGAUGGUUGGCAUCUGAAGUAGAGGAAUUCUCAUGGGGCUAAGACUUUGAACUUGUGGGAUCUGAUGCUGACUCCAGGAAGAUGGUGUCAGAAUGAACUGAAUCCUUGGACACCCAGGCAAUGUCAGAGAAUUAGUUGCUGGUGUGAAGAAAACUAUUUAUACGAAUUUUUAGAUUUUGAGAAAUCUAUGACUGUUGUCUGUUACAGGGUGUUGGUCAGUAAGUGGGUGGAAGAAAUGGAUGUAUAAGGAAGGUAAGAAGGCAGAACUAACAAAAUAUGCUUUUUUUUGGUCUCAGAUGUUAUUGAGCACGAGCCAUGUAACCAGGCAUUGGGAUAGGUCAUGCGUAUGCAGUUGGAAUAAAACAGCUUUUUUUUUAUUUUUGGGGGGGUGGAUGCAUGCAGGAAGGAUUACAUGGGGAUUGAAGUGGGCACUAAACGGAAUGGAAUUAGGGGCUGAUAGACUUCAAGUGGUGUCAGAGGACUGUAGGUUCCCAGGUGUGAGGAGAACCUGGGCAUGGGGAAUGAUUCUGUUGACAAGCUGGAAUGAGAAAGGCUGUGAUUGCUGGAGGGAUCUCAGAUUCUUCAUCUGACAGGGGGAAUUCCUGCUUUUCCUGCAUACGGUUUGCACUCUCUGUGAGUGGAAAUCCGGAGGAAGAGACGUGGUGGCCGAACUCUUGAUGAUGCAACUGCAGUGCAUGGGCUUCGUUGGUGGGUGAUUUACCCGUGGGCCAUGGUAGUAGCUGCAGUGACCUCGGCACGUGGUGACAGGAGAUAGAGAUGAGCAAGACCGGCAGUUUACGCUCCACUGAGGAGGCGGGCCUUUGAGCAGAAAAACAGGAUUAACAUACAGAGGAUUGAUGCAGUGAUCAUUGUUGUUAAGAAUGGAGAGCUCACUGCAGGAGAGAUCACUGUGGGGCCAUCCUUCGGACGAGCCAUCUCAGGAGCCCCUAACCGGACCGCAGGACCUGUCUGCCCUGAUACCUUAUAAAGAACAAGAAUCUGUGACCUACAAAGAUGUAGCUGUAGACUUCACCCAGGAAGAGUGGGCCCUGAUGGACACAUCCCAGAGAACGCUGUACAGAGAUGUGACGCUGGAAAACAUUAGUCAUCUGGUCUCUGUGGGGUGUCAUUUCUUCAGAUCAGAUGUGAUCUCCCAGUGGGAGCAAAGAGGGGAGCUGUGGAGGGAAGAAAGAGGACCUCCCCAAGGCUGGAGUCCAGGCAUGAAAAACAGCCAUAACAAGCAAGAAAUAAUACCUAUGCAAGAUAUCUGCAUGAAUGACCCACCUAACUGCUGGACAGUACAGAAAUGUCACACGGGAGAAGACCUCUCUGUAUAUAGUGGGUUUGAUGAAGUUUUUACUCACACGUACACAUUGACGCAACAUGUCUUAACUCACACUGUACGGAAACCCUAUAAAUGUAACGAAUGUGGAAAACACUUCACCCGAAACGCCAACCUUCGUACUCAUAAAAUAACUCACACAGGAGAGAAUCCAUUUGCUUGUAAUCAGUGUGGGAGGCGCUUCAGGUAUUUUUCAUCUUUAACUAGACAUAAGCGAAUUCAUACUGGAGAGAAGCCUUAUGAAUGUCGUCUAUGUGGCAAAGCCUUUGUUCGAAGUUCCAUUAAAAGACAUGAGAGAACUCACACUGGAGAGAAACCAUUUAAAUGUCAUCUAUGUGGAAAAGGCUUCGUUACUAGGUCUAAUCUUCGAGAACAUGAGAGAACUCACACCGGAGAAAAACCAUAUACAUGUCAUCAGUGUGGAAAAGCCUUUGUUACAAGCUCUAAUCUUCGAGAACAUGAGAGAACUCACAGUGGAGAGAAACCAUAUAAGUGUCAUCUAUGUGGAAAAGCCUUUGUUCAAAGCUCUUGUCUUAGAGACCAUGAGAGAAUUCAUACUGGAGAGAAACCAUAUAAAUGUCCUAUAUGUGGAAGAGCCUUUGUUACAAGCUCUUGUCUUCGAAAACAUGAGAGAACUCACACUGGAGAGAGACCAUAUGCAUGUCAUCUAUGUGGAAAAGCUUUUAUUCAAAGCUCUAAUCUUAGAGACCACGAGAGAACUCACACUGGAGAGAAACCAUAUACUUGUCAUCUAUGUGGAAAAGCCUUUGUUACAAGCUCUAAUCUUCGAGAACAUGAGAGAACUCACAGUGGAGAGAAACCAUACAAAUGUCAUCUAUGUGGAAAAGCUUUUGUUCAAAGUUCUUAUCUUAGAGAUCAUGAGAGAACUCACACCGGAGAGAAACCAUAUAAAUGUCAUCUAUGUGGAAAAGCCUUUGUUACAAGCUCUUGUCUUAGAAAACAUGAGAGAACUCACACUGGUGAGAAACCAUAUACAUGUCAUCUAUGCGGAAAAUCCUUUGUUCAAAGUUCUAAUCUUCGAGAACAUGAGAGAACUCACACUGGUGAGAAACCAUACAAAUGUCAUCUAUGUGGAAAAGCCUUUGUUACAAGCUCUAAUCUUAGAAAGCACGAGAAAACUCACACUGGAGAGAAACCAUAUACAUGUCACCUAUGUGGAAAAGCCUUUGUUCAAAGCUCUUAUCUUAGAGAACAUGAGAGGAUUCACACUGGAGAGAAACCAUAUACAUGUCAUCUAUGUGGAAAAGCCUUUGUUCAAAGCUCUUGUCUUAGAAAACAUGAGAGAGCUCACACUGGAGAGGAACAGUAUAUAUGUCAUCUAUGUGGAAAAGCCUUUGUUACAAGCUCUGAUCUUAGAGACCAUGAAGGAACUCACACUGGAGAGGAACAAUAUAUAUGCCAUCUAUGUGGAAAAGCCUUUGUUACAAACUCUGAUCUUAGAGACCAUGAGGACACUCACACUGGAGAGGAACAAUAUAUAUGUCAUCUAUGUGGAAAAGCCUUUGUUACAAAUUCUGAUCUUAGAGACCAUGAGGGGACUCACACUGGAGAGGAACAAUAUAUAUGUCAUCUAUGUGGAAAAGCCUUUGUUACAAAUUCUGAUCUUAGAGACCAUGAGGGGACUCACACUGGAGAGGAACAAUAUAUUUGUCAUCUAUGUGGAAAAGCCUUUGUUACAAGCUCCGAUCUUAGAGACCAUGAGGGAACUCACUUUAAUUAUAGUGAAUGAACAUGGAAGUGCCUUUAGCCACAGCUCUAAUAUAAUAUCAACCACAAGACUCAUGUGGGGGAAGUUCUAUGGUCAUAUUCAUUAUGGAAAUGCCUUCAUUUUUAAUUUAUCCUUACAUAACAUGAGUGAACUGCAUGUGGAGGAACCCUAUAUUUAUAAUCAAGGAGGAAGAGACAUUAGCUGGUCUCUGGUCAUAGGUUGGACAAGAAAAUCCAGUAUGAAUAAUAAUCUAAUCUCCCUUAAAUGGGAAAAUACGCAGGAAAAUCUUUACAGAAGGAGAUCACUCCAGGACAAUAACAGAAAAAUUAAUGCUGAAGAAGUUAUUCAUUAUUAUAUGCAUGGAAAACCUUUACUAGUAGAAAAACUGUUGUAGGCAUGUGAAGUUUCACACUCUAUAUAAUAGUGAAUGAAUGAAAGUCUUCAGUGAUUUUAAUUCUGUAGUCAACAUGUAGUUUCUCACACUGUAUAUAUACAUUGAUAGAAUCAGAUGAAAGGUUAGACUUUGCAUUAGAAAUCCCUGACUAGGAAAAACAUUUAUCAAGAAUGUCUUAAUAGAGUUUAGUCAUUAAAUUGUAAUUUUGCCUAACGGCCUCUUACUAUAAAAAUAUAAGAAAGAUAUGUAGAAUUGUGACAUCAUCUGGGAAUUCUAAAUUCAGUAUUUUGUAACAAUAAUUUUUUUGCAGUAGUUCUUGGAACUGCAUAUGAGGCAAACUUGUUGCUGAAAAAUCCAUUAUGUUGGUCAGGGUCCUAUUUUUCAUGCAGCAAUAGUAAUUAUGAUGAUUGGAUUCAACUAGAAAGUGUCUUUGAAUAUUAACUGAAAAACAUAGAACACAAGAUGAUGCGUCAUUACUACAUAUUGUUAACCACGUAUGUAGGUCGUAAUGAUGAAUUAAAGAUUCUUAUAUAGAUAGUUUGUGACCGAACCCUGUAUAAAUUUUCAUUUUAAAAUGCCAUUAUUGAAACAAAGAAGGGUAUUACCUAACAAUAAGGGGGUCCAUUCAACAACAGGAUAUAACAUCUGUAAAUAUUUAUGCGCUCAACAUAGGAGCACCUACAUAUAUAAAACAAAUACGAACAGAAGUCAAGGGAGAGACAGUUAUGCAGUAGAAGGGGGAUGUUAAUACACACUUCCAUCAAUGAACGAAUCAUUCGGACAAAAAUCAGAUAACAUCUACCGUAAGUGACACGUUAGAUGAGAUGGACUUCACAGAGGUACACCGCACACUUCAUCCCAAAGCAGCAGAAUAACAUACUCUUGGCAAGUUUCCAUGAGACAUUCUCCAGAAUUGGUCAUAGUUACUGCCUGUUAGUAGCAAUGAGUAAUUUUUUUUUCUCUUUUACCCAAGCCAUGUAAUUGCCUCUCUUCCUCUUUCUCCUAUAAAGCCCUUGCUUUCACCCCACAGAUAGGACACUUUUCUGGUUACUGCUGGAAUCGGUGCUCCCCAAACUGCAAAUCUUUAAUCCCAAGUAAACACUCAUCUGCCUCUC